GCCUGCUCUGCCCCAAAAAUUGCACUUAAUGCUGCAAGUGCUGUUUUGGGGGCAGAGCGGGCAAAGCCCCCGGACUGCAGUGAACGGUGCGGGCGCCGUUUUGGGGUUUCCCUGCCCUCGGGGGAGCUGCAACUCUCCAGCGCCGCCGCUCACUGCAAAACGCAGGGAGCUGCUGCGGAGGGAGCGGGGGUUACAGCCGUGCAAGACCGCAGCAGGAACACAGGAAAACGCCGGUCCCCUCCUCGGCCGGGUUGGCGCCGUCGGUAAAAGCGGGAUUUUUGGCCCCGGCUGCUUCCCGGGCCCCACAGCUGGUCGGUCCCGGCGGGAGUUGUGGCGUUACGGUCUGACGGCGACGGGGUGCCAGCGGUGCCCCAGUGAGCCUGCUGCGGCGCAGACCUCCGCGUCGCCCCCCAGCCCCUCGCUCUCCGGCUGCCCGCCGAGGCUCUGUCCGCUCUCCUUCGGCGAAGGCGUCGAGUUUGACCCCUUGCCGCCGACGGAAAUCAGGUACACGUCCUCAGUUAAAUACGACUCAGAGAAGCACUUCAUCGACGACGUCUACAUGCCCGUGGGCUUAAGCGUUUCGUCCUGCAGCCAGACGGUCGUGUGCGUCCCGAACUGCACGUGGCGCAGUUACAAAGCGGAGCUCCGCUUCGAGCCCCGCAACAAGCCCCUGCGCUUCACCAGCACCACCAUCGUCUACCCGAAGCACGCCAAGGCUGUGUACACCACCACCCUGGAUUACAACCGUCGGAAAUCCCUGCGGCGCUUCCUCUCCAGCGUCGAGCUGGAAACGUCGGAGUCCCUGGGGAACGACUGCGUCCUGGACGGUUGCUGACUGCCGGCUGCGGUCCGGCCCGGGCGCUGCGCUAGCCCCCCGUUAGCUAAAGGGGGGGCAGACCGCAGCGCUCCGGCCGGGGUAAGGGACCCUACUUGUCGCCGCCUGUCUCAGCUCUUAAUUCCUGCUUUAAGCACGAGAAUGGCCUGACCCCAGUCUUCCGCGGGAGCAUCCCUUCGUAAGGAGCUUGUUUCGUUGCCUUAAAAGUUGUUAGUUCCCCUCCCCUCCCCUGCAAUGCAGUAAUCAGAUAGAAAUAAGGGGAAGUAUUUUUCUAGAGAAAAAGUUAAUUGCGAUUUCACAGGUAGGGAAGAAUCGGGAAUAGCGUCUGACAGGUGGAAAUGCAUUCGCCGCUUUGUAGCGGUGUGCAAAAAUAAGGGCAGUUCGCUCUCUUGCAGAAAAUCUACCAGAUCAUUUGAUUACAUACGAGCAGAGCUAUCAUUUGUGUCAAUUUAAACCAUGGGGCUGUUUUCUCUGACACAACGAUCUCCUGAAAUUUCCUGGAAGAAGCUAACCGGGAGAAAAUCUGGAACUCUGCAUUUAACACGUACAGAAAUGUUACCCUGCUGCAUUCACGUCCGGUUCAGAGGUGCGAUUUGGAAAGAGGAUUUAGGAGCGGAGUGGGAGAAAACUGCUCUUGCAGCUCCAGGCAGCCAAGCAGGGAUCAGGUUAUUCACGUUAUUCGGGCGAGCGGAACAGCGCGUUUUCCGUGCCGACUCCUGCAACCCUGUUGUCUCAGUGUAACACGCGCACGUUCGCGCGCGGGUAGGUGGACUCGUAACGGAGAGCGUCAGGUUGAAAAGUGCUGCUGCAAAGCCAGCCCUCGGCAGCGAGGUCUCGAAGGCGGCGGCGGCCAGUCUUGCCUGUGCUGCCCGCACUGGCCGAGUUAGUAACCAGGAAAGGUUUGGAAAACCCGCAGCGUGCGAUGGGCCGCGGGCGGGGAAGGACGUGCUGGGAUCGGGCGCGGGAGCCGUCGUGGUGGCGGCUGCGGGUCCUUUCCGAGGAAGAGGUAGGCAGGAACACGGGUGUGUUUUAUGGCCAAAGGGAAUAACUUCGGAUUCUGCGAAGUCCAGCUGGAUGGUGUGUGCGUUAGUUUGUCAUGUGCUUUGAUGGAAGUAGCAACGUGGAGAUUUCCUACCUUGCCCGGGAGGUUUUCCUGCAGCGGGGUGCGGAGAGGGUGCUGAGGUGAGGGCGUGCACGCGUGCUGAGCGGCGCGCAAGGGUUCCCGCGGGGCUGAAAGCGCAGCGGGGACGGAAGGCUUGAGCUUGCGUGGUUUCGUGUUUGUUUUUUUAUAUAUUAGCUCAAGGCAGAACGUCCUUAAUCUUUGGUACUUGCCUGAGAAAACCAGACCCUACAACAGUUCCCGGGGGACGCAGCGUGCCGUGGACGCGGGGGACGUGCCGAGUUCGGGUCGCCUUCGCUGCUCGUCGGAGCAGCACAGCCUUCCCGCUGAGCUCCUCGGUGCCGGGCACGCCGUGGCGCCCCGGGGCCCGGCCGCUCGGAGGGGGCGUGAGCCAGGGUCUCCUCGGGGGAGCCGCCGCGGCACGGCACGGCACGGCAUGGCACGGCAUGGCACGGCAUGGCACGGCGUGCGGGAGCACCGAGGUGCCCGGACCGCCCCGGCUGCGCCCUGCCCGUGAAUUCACCGCCGGGAGAGCUGAGAGACUGCGUUAAGUUGUAAUCGUUACUCCUUCCUGGUUAAAUUAGAAACGAAACGACCCUUACGUUACGCCUUUAGGAUAAAACACCCGAUGUAUAAAACAAGCAGGUUUAACCGUGUACCUCUCAAACGUACUUUAAUCGGUAGAGAUGCUUUUUAAAUUAUCGGAGAUCCAACAUUUGCGAAGCUCUGAUUAGCUCUGCGCAAGUGCUCUGGUGUCUGUGACAUUCCCCAGCUCCUCCUCUUGAUUUUCUCAUUUUAACUAGUAAUAAAUGUUCUGAAAACUGUAAUAUAGGGAGGUCUUUUUAUUUUUUAUUCAAAAUUUUUCUGUUUGUUAUGGUAUUUACUUGGAAAUAAAUAUGUAAUAUAUCCUGCCA